UUCAGCUUCUGCUGAAUUGGGUUUUUUUUAUCUUCUGAGAAAAAGGAAAUUCAGAAAAGGCGUCAACAGAAAACUCUUCAGACUGUCUGUGGGCUGGAUUCUGUGCUGAGGGGAGGGUGGCUCUGUGCAUGAGCUUGGCUUCAGCUUGAAGAGGACACCUAAAACCACCAUGGGGCACCUGGGAUGUGCCAGAGGUAAUUUUUGAACCCUUAAAGACAAGUUUGAUCAAUGAGCAACACGAGCUGUCCGCUGGCUGCCGCUUUCAAAUUGGCACAUUGUCCUGUUCGUGUGUCAUAGACACAGGGCAUUUCAUCGAAAUCCGGGGGGAAGGAAGUUGCCAACUUCUUUCCCAUCAGUGGCCCAUCACAGGACUCUAAAUUUAGCUGCCUGUUUCCAAAGGGGAAGUGGUGUAACUCCACAAGUCAGCUGAACAGCACCGAGCUCCUGCCAGUGGAAGUGUUGGUGGAAUUCGGUUCCGAUUUCACUCUGCCCAGCGCAGUCUGACCCUGUGCUCCUUCCCCGUGCCCUGUUCUGGCUGUCAGCAGCUCCUCAGCAUCACACUGUGGUCAGAAACAUCUCAAUUCAUUUUCAAACAUCCUCUUUUAGACGUAGCCCUCUCUUUGUGUUCAAAAACCGCGCCCUCUCUCAGCAGGAUCACUUCUGUUUUAUGAGUUAAAAACCCUGGGGAACUGCAUCAUGAGUGCGUCAGGUUUUUUCUGCACAGGCAGCAGUGAGGAAAGGGUGUGGAACCAUCUGCCCCCUCCCAGCUGCUAUAGCAGGAGAGCUCUGGGCUUGGGCAAAUCUGCCUCGGACCUGACUGGGUUUGCUUAUGAAGUACAAUCUGUCUCAAGUAACCACGAUGCAGAAGAGACCUGGGAGCAGAAGGGAUGGUACAGAUGAAGCAGCUGAUUAAAUACAGCUAUUCCUGUAUCUUCAGAAUGAUUUUCAUGGACAUGGGCUCCACGGAACUCUGGUGAUCCCUGUUGCUCACACUUGUCACCAUGCUGGCAGAAGGCAUCCUAACGAGGCUCAUCUAUAAAGAAAGCUGUCAUCAAGAUAAGCCUUGCAAAUCUCCUGCAUCCCAAAAGGCUAAAGAGGGAAUCUGGAGACAGAAACUUGUAGACAUCCCAAAAAUUAAAGGCUUUGCUGAUGGAUGUGAGAAGCAGGAGGAGCUCUCUGCCAGAAGCAGCCAAGUGGAAGCCGGGAGCAGCUCCCGAUGGAGAUCCAUGGAAAAGGAGCCUGCAAAAGAUCAGGAAAUGCUGGUUAAAGGAACUGCAUCCCCGGCUUUACAUAUCCCCAAGAGAGGAGGAAGCCUAGACCAGGUGGAUUUGUACAGAUCCAGGCCUUGCAACAGCAUUUACCAGAACUAUCCUGACCUGCAGAUCGGGGGGGACCACGUGGGGGGCCACACGUGUGACUCGGGCUGUGUCUUGGACCAUGUGUGUGAUGAACUCCCCGAUGGCCCCGUCCUACUCUCCAUAGAUAUUCCCCAGGGCCAGUCACCUCUGUGUGAGCAUCCUGAAAAUCCCAGUGGGAUGUCCCUGCCUGGAGAGGAAGCUGGAGAAAGGAGCCUCAUGCUCAGUGAGGAGCCCCUUUCCAACUCCAUGCUCAACAAGUACAUGGAAGCCAAAGUGGCAGAGCUCUACAAACAGUUUUUUGAAGAAAGCCUGGCCAGGUGUGGUUCCAUAACAAACCUCCUCACCUGCAGCUGGAUAAGGAACAGCCUGGACCAGAUAAGUGUUCAGAUCUCCCAGGAGCAGAACAUAGAAACCUCCAAAGCCAGAGGAGCCCUCUUGCAUUCGUUGGCUUUGUUCAGCUCCCACAACGCUCCCAACAGGAACAGCUCCGAGUUCAGCACCCCAAACCUCCAAAUCUCCAACCCAGUGGGUGCAAAACGGAGCUGCAGGAUGGCAUUCACAUCCUGACGGAGCUGCUCAGCUCAGGAGAGGGAUGAGAUUUGGAUAUGAAUGUUUUGCUCUAAGGAUUGGGUUGGGAAAUGGAAACAUUUGCACACUACACUUGUUCUAAUUAAUAUCUUAACUCUUAAACCCCUUUGGUAGCAGGGGAAGUAAAGGUCACUGUUUUCUGUUUUCUAAUGGAGAAUUUGAAGUUAAUUUUUCUCCAAAAACUGGUCAAUCAUGUUUUUAUAAUAUAUAUAGAAUCAAAGAACUGUUAAAGCAGGAGAUGACCACUAAGAUCAAGUCCAACCAUCAGCCCAGCACCAGUAAAUCAUAUCCUCAAGUGCCACAUCCACACAUAGAAGCAUUAAUUUUCUGCAAAAUCAGCAGAGAUGACUGCAGCAUUCCUGAAAAAAUAAUGCAAGAUUCCUGCAUCUUCACUUGGAAAUUUAAACACAGAUUUUUGAAUGGAAAUACUGUUGUUUAGCUCUCAAAUACAUUUUCUCCCCUUGCUCUUGCUUCUCAGCAAAUAUUUCAGCUGGAAAUUAUUCAUUAUGUCCCUGCUGUAAAAUGAGAGAUGAAUUGGAGUGUUACCUGCUCUGCAGAAAUUCUUUUCUAAUAAAGUUUUUCAU